AUGCCUUCAAGCUUUCUCCUCAAUUCUCAACUGUACUACUACGCCGGGGCGUGUUGUCUCUUCCUGUUCGUGGCGAUUCGCUACCUCCGUCGCCCCUCGCUCAGAGACAUCCGUGGACCGCCUCGCUCGUCAUUCUGGCUAGGUAAUCAAGGCGACUUCAAGUACCAAAAUGAGGUCGGGGACGUGGAGUUCAAAUGGCUCAAAGAGUUCGGUGGAGCCUGGAAGGUCCACUAUCCACUAGGCGGUGACUGUCUGUUCCUUGCCGACCCCAAAGCCUUGCAAUACGUGCUUCAGACUUCCGGCUAUCGCUAUCCCAAGCGUGCAUCGAGCCGCGGUGAGAUUCGCAUGUUCCUCGGAGACGGUAUCAUCUGGGCCCAUGGCGAACAGCAUCGCCGUCAUCGGAAGAUCAUGAACCCGGCUUUCUCCUUACCGCAGCUGAAGUCCUUCUUACCUGUGUUCCUCGGUUAUUCUGAAAAGCUCGUUCAAAAGUGGAAGGAAGAGGAGAUCACGCCUGGAGCAGGUGCCGUCGAACCCAUCGUUAACGUUCAUUCUUGGCUCUCGCGUACGACUCUUGAUGUCAUAGGCGACGCGGGCCUCGGCUUCCAUUUCGGCUCAUUGGACAAUGUGAAGAGCGAACUGAGUGACGCGUAUAGUGGACUUUUUAUCGAUAGCACGCUAUACCCAGCACCAUGGUACCUGGUGUUCCGCAAUCUCUGGAAUCCCAUACCGGUCAACAUACUCUCGCUCUUGCGCUAUAUGCCGAACCGGGAGGCUAGCCGCUUCCGAACCUAUAUGGACUACAUUCGGAAAUUUGGACGCGAGCUCAUCGCGCAGACUCGAGUCGAUAAUGAGGCUACGAGCAAAGACAUCACGAGCGUGCUUCUGCGUGCUAAUGGUGCUGAAGAUAUGAACAUGAAACUGAGCGACCGCGAGCUCGUUGACCAGAUCUCUGAUAUCAUUCUGGCCGGCCAUGACACCACAUCGGCGACUAUGGCCUUCUGGCUAUGGGAGCUCGGCAAACACCCGGACUGGCAGACACGCGUACGCGAGGAGAUCCGUGCGGCGCGUCGCAAGCUAGAGGAACGCGGCGACUCCGGAUUCUCCCUAGCCGAUCUCGAAGGAAUGUCAAUCAUGCACCUGACACUGAAGGAGGCCAUGCGAUUGCAUCCAAUUCUUCAGUUUCUUGAGCGCGAGGCCGGUCAAGACGACGUGAUACCACUUGCUCAUCCCAUAGUGACGAAAUCGGGAGAGCAGAUCAAAUCUAUUCCGGUUCGCAAGGGCCAGGCGGUUGAGAUAGGCAUAGCCUCGUACCAGCGUAAUCCUGAGGUCUGGGGCGCUGAUGCAGAUGCAUGGAACCCCGAUCGGUUCAUGAAGCUCGAGAAGGAAGGAAUGACGCCCGUUGACUUGUAUGCGAACCUGCUUAACUUCUCCGCCGGAAUCCGUGGUUGCAUAGGGUGGAAAUUUGCUGUGAUUGAGAUGCAAGCUAUCGCAGCCACCUUGAUCGAGAACUUCGAGUUUGCUCUUCCGCCGCAAACCAAGGAGAACGUCGUCAGGCGCAAACCGACGGGGAUCAUGGCGCCCAUGGCAGACGGCCAUCCUGGCGCUUGGAUGGGGUUGAAGGUCAAGGACUGCAGAAACGCGUCAUGA